AUGGCGCCGCGUGCGCCGACGCCCGCGGCGGAAGUCGUUGGGAAUUCGUUUGUGAACCAGUUUUACACGAUUUUGCACACGUCGCCGGCGGUGCUGUAUCGGUUUUACACGAAUGAUUCGACGCUCAUCGUGAGUGGAGAGCACGGUGCGGCGAGUGAUGCGCCAACGACGUAUCGUACGCAACGGGACAUUCACAACAAGGUUGUGAGCAUGCGGUACGACGAGACCCAGGCGGAUGUGAAAUCGAUCGACGCCUCGCACACGCUGGGCGGCGGCGUGCUGGUGCAAGUGACUGGCGCGUUGCGACGAAAAGGUGAUGAUUUUGCGCGCAAUUUUGUGCAGUCUUUCUUGCUUGCGCCUCAGGAAAACGGUUUCUUCGUGUUGAACGACAUUGUUCGAUACUUGGACAAGGUCGACACUUCGGGGGAGAAGGCGCCCAAGGAGGCGAAGACGAGCGCCAAGCAGCAAGACGUCAAGGGGGAGUCGAAGACUAAGGCGGCGGAGGUCAAGUCGACGAAGAAGGAGAGUGGUGAUAACAAGGCGAAGGGUGACUCCAAGUCAACCGAGGACGAGGACGCGGGUGAAGUGGAUCCGAGCAAGCCGAGAACGUACGCGAUGAUGGCGGCUUCGGCGGCGGCGGCGGCGGCGGCGGCCAAGCCCACGGCAGCGACAGCCAAGCCCACGGCGGCGACGGCGGCGACGAUCUCACCGAUGACCUCGCCGAGCGCUACCUCGCCGAGUUCCAAGUCACCGGAUAAGGCGGAGCAAACGGUCGCGGCGACCAAGCCCGGAUGCGGUAUCUUCAUCAAGAACAUCUUCAUCGAAUCGACGGUGGAGGAUCUUGAGCGCGAGUUCAGCAAGUUUGGUGUCGUCCUCGGUGGUGCCAAGGGCAUCAAUCUGAAGGCACCGAAAUUGUCGCAUGAAACCAAGUUUGCUUUCAUCGACUUCGAUGAGCCAGCAUCGGCGCAGGCGGCUUUAGAGGCGACAAUCGAGCUUCACGGCAAGAUUUUAGUGGUUGAGAUGAAAAAGGCUUCAGUCGUCAAUGCCAAGGGCGUUGGCGCGAACGGGAAGAAGGAGUCGAAGGGACGAGAGGGGGGGGUCGAGCGCAAGGGUAGCGCUAAGAAUGGACGGCAACCGAAGAAGACUGAAGGUGCCGGUUCCAACAAAUGA